AGAUAUCCAAUUGUGAGACCACCUGCAAUCAUGCAAUUCAGAGUAGCUUUCCACAAUAACCAGGUUAUAGUUUAAAAUACAAAAAACUUUUUUUCCUUCCCUUGCAUCUGCCGGUUAUUGCUUAGAUUCCAUUUCCAUGGUUUUUGAUUGAUGAUGUCAUUUCUCUUCAUUCUGUUUUUUCCCUGUUUCAUGCCUUGCCUGUUCUCUUUUUGCCUAUUUCUACUGACUUCCAUGCUUCCAUUGCAUUUGCAUGCUUUUCAGUUCACCACAUUUUAAAUAUAUAGCAUUUUGCUUUGACUGUGGAUUUCGCAUGGAAGUUUAUAUCAUUUUCAUUUAGUUCCUUUAACUUUUUUCAUUUUCUCUUUGGACAUAUUAUUUCUUUUCAUGCAUUUUCUUGCUUUUUAUAUUUAGACAUUCAUAAAGAUACCCCCAUUUUACCAUGAACAAUGGGCACCCAAUUAUCCACAUGAAGUUCGGUUCAAAUACAAUGGAGCAACCUACCCAAUACGGGUCCAACAACACCGAGGUAGAUAUUUUUUUUGCAGAUGGACUCUCAGAGGUCAGGGCAGAUUUAAAAAUCUACGAGUCUAUUAUCAUCAACUUCUUUGCCUGCGAUGAUAAUACCAUCUUUGAUCUACAUUUUACACCUCCCCUUAAUCAACAGACAUGCGGUAGACCAAUACUUCAUUCCCGUGUACAUGCCUGGAGAACUGAAAUUACCCAAUGUAUACUAGGUGCUCCCCAACCACUGGAAAUCCAAUCACAUGCAAGGAAAUAUCUGAAACAAUGUGAGAAUCACUUGACAAUUUUAAGGAAGAAUGCACCUCCUCUGCAAUGGGACGUCGUUACACUUGACCGCGACAUUAAAGAUAAAAGUAUCGUCCGGCCAUGGUACAAGUUUCUCAGGGAAAACGAUUUCCAUCACGGAGACGAGGUAUCAUUCUAUUACCGGCCACAUGAAAGAAUUUGGGAAAUAGUCAUCAGAAGAGAAAGGAAGUGGCUAUAAUUUUCGCUUUAUAUGUGAUUAUAUUUUGUUUUAUAUGUAAUUAUGCUUUGUUUAU